GUCUGUGUCAAAUUAAAAGUCCUCUCAAAACAUUUUUCGUUUCGUGUUAUUGUGCGGUUUGUCAUUGGCAGGAAAACUCGUUACUUUCCGAUAAACAGACACGGAAUGAAAUCGCUUUGUGCCCCGUAAAGAGUUAAUCUUUUAGGAUAUCAGGCUGUCCUUGGUGUUUUUGACCUGUUUAAAGCGCGGAGCUGCUGUGGGUGAAGGAUUUAACCCCCCCCCCCCUCCUCCUCAAUUUUCCUGAAAGCCUCCACAACGAGUCGCCUGAGCUGGGGACAUCCGCUGGUGAAUUUCAUUUACAUCAGCUGAUGCAGCCAGGUAAGCUGCAGCCCGGCUGGAUGUCAUGCUACUGCUGCUGGCUGCUUUCUAGUCUAGUGGAGGUGGAGGUGUUGGGGGGGAGGGGGGAUUCUCGGUGUGUCUCACGUUACAUUGCUGCGCCCCCUCCAUCGCGAUCAUCGGUCUCCUGCAGCCUGCCAGCGGAUGAAUGCCCCAGCCUGUGAUUUUGCCAUCGCCAAAAGGACUCCAUGUCUUUCUUGGACUGUUCCUGCAUCUCCCACGCUCAGGUCCAGCCCAUGGACAUAGAGGAGCGCUAUGAGGACACCAGCCACCAGUUCCUGAGCUGUGACGGUUCUGAGUACACGCUGCAGGGCCCGGCGGGCGGCGAUGACAUCACAGGGCUGUCAGCCGAGCCUGCACAUUACCAGCUGCUGUCAGAGCUGGGUCGGGGCUUCAAUAACCUGAGCCAGGUGAACAUGGCACGCCACAUCCCCACCGGCCAACUGGUGGCCGUCAAACAGACUAACCUGGACGAGUGCACGGAGGAGGAGCUGCUGCAGCUCAUGAACGAGGUGCUGCUCUCCCGGCUCUUCCGUCACCCCAACCUGCUGACCUCGCGCCUGGUCUUCAGCUCCUGCUGCCAGCUGUGGGUCCUGACACCUCUCAUGGCCUAUGGCUCUGCAGACACCUUACUGAGGACAUAUUUCCCAGAUGGAAUGAGUGAAUCCCUGAUAGCGUACCUGCUGUACGGUGUGCUGAAAGCAUUGGAAUACCUACACCGGAUGGGCUACGUUCACCGAGGGGUGAAGGCCAGUCAUAUCCUGCUGUCAGGGGAGGGGUGUGUCUACCUCUCAGGGCUCCACAGUGUUUACAGUAUGAUGCGUGAGGGGAAGAGGAUGAGGGCCGUGUUCGACAUGCCCCACCACAGCCCAGCACUGCUGCCCUGGCUCAGCCCCGAACUACUGCGACAGGACCUGCACGGUUAUGGAGUGAAGUCAGACAUCUACAGUUUGGGCAUUGUAGCCUGUGAGCUAGUCAGCGGCAGGGUGCCUUUCCAGGACAUGCCGCCUACUCAGAUGCUGCUUCAGAAGCUGCGAGGCUCCCACUGUUGCUUGCUGGACGUGGCUCCCUUCCCGCUGGGAGAGCUGGGGGGGCUGAAGGUUUCGCGCUCGGGGGUGGACUCCGGCAUCGGGGAGAGCGUGGCCACGGGGAGCCUGACGCACAGCGCCACCGCUCCCCCCACAGACCGACCUCAAAGCCCCGGACCCAAAAACCACUCUGCCACCCUCCACAGCCUGGUCCAGCUGUGUCUGCAGCAGCAGCCUGAGCGCAGACCGUCAGCUUCUGAACUGUUGACCCACGCCUUCUUCAAGCAGGUGAAGAGGCACACCAGAGACUCCUUCCUCAGUCUCAUGUACCCAGCAGCGCCCCUCGCCAGCCCCGAGGACCCUCCGGUAUCCAGCCCCCCCGCCCCUUCCUGCCACACUCCAGCACCAGCCGCCACCGACACCACUGAGGCAGUGUGGGACUUCUCCUAA